GUUCCUGCGGUGCCGGAGCCGCUGCCCUCCGACCGUCCAGCUCGUCGUGCUGGAGGAGGAGCAGCAUCGCCACCGCUCCAGGCACCGCCGGCAGCCUGUCCGUUUAUAGACUUUGAAAGCUGUAUUUUCACCACCAUGAGUUCACAGACUUCAGUCAACAUCUCUUCUGGGGAAGCUAAUCGAUCAGGCAGUGAUAUACAAGGACCUCCUCAAGACAGAAAUCAACCAGAAAUGGACACCAUUGAAGAUCUGAGAAAGAAACUCCAGGCACUUGAGAAAAAAAAAUUGGAAUUAACCAAACAACACAAUCAAGAUAUGUCACACUAUGAAAAAGAUUUAAUGAAAUUAAGGUUAGAACUGGAGAGAGGAGAGGCUCUUCGUCGAGUUCUGGAGAGUGAAAUGUCCUUGGCUAGAAAAGAUGCUCAGGUGCAGAUGUAUUCUGCAGAGGAUGAGAUAUGUGAUGCAAAAGCCAAGCUUUUGGAACUGCAAGCACGCAGCAGUGAGCCCAGACAGCACACUCUUACAUAUGGAUCAGAAGAAUCCAUUUGGUUUUCGUUUCCACACGAAGAAAACGUUACACCUCGUGGUCCUGCUCCUGAUGUACACAGGGUGCAGCCUAGACAGAGACACUGCACUUUCUCAGGAUCUGACGUACCCUCUCCUGGGACACUCUACGUAACCUGCCCUUCACCUGGAACCAGCACAGCCUCUGAAUCCUUUCAGCCUCCAUUUGUACCUCAAGGAAUCAGUUCACCUCGUGCUCCUGCUCGUCAUGUACACUGGGGACAGCCUACACACAUAACUUAUUAUUUGUCAGAAAGUGGCACACCCUCUGGUAGAGCAUCCUACGGAAUCUCCUCUUCGACUGGAAGCGACACAACCACUGAUUCUGUUCCAAGUUUCUUCAUACCCCGGGGAGUCAGUACUCCUGUUGCUCCUGCUCCUGAUGCAUGUUGGAGAGAGCUUAGUGAUGAAGUCUUUACCUCUGGGAGAGAGCUUAGUGAUGAAGUUUUUACCCCUGGGAGAGAGCUUAGUGAUGAAGUUUUUACCAGCGGGGCAGAAAGUGAGUUUGACCCGAGUUACAGCCGACAUUUCGGACUGCUGCGACCUGCAACCAACGAAACCACAGAUUUGAUUCACUACCGAAGAAGUGACACUGACUUAUAUGACGUUCUCUGGAUAACUCGUGAACCAAGUCUGCUUAAAAUCCCCCUCCCCAGUGGCAGGAGUGGCAAGACUUACAGUUUGCAACGACCAACAACGACCACGUAUGUCCAAGUUUGCCCAAGCAGAAUCGAAACUAUCUCAUGGCUGGAUGAUUCCUCCCGUAUUAGGCCAUUAAGUACUUUCACCAUGUCCACUCCCUCCUGGGAAAGGAUUAGAGCUCCAGUUGGUGCUCCAGUUCAUCCUCCUGCUCCAGUUAAUGCAUCCUUCAGGGGCAGACAACGCAGAGCCCAUUCUUUGCCUCCAUUCAAAUCUGUCAGCCAGGAUACGUCAUCCAACCCCAGAAGUACUCAGGACAUUUAAUUGUCGGAGUCUUGGCUGUGACAGUUUUCCUAAGGAAUAUCUCAGCUUCAGAAGGGAAAAAGUCCUAGAAAUUAAAAAAGAGCUAAAUAAAGUACAGCUUUACCUACCUUUG